CGCCAACGCCGGGACCGGACUCUCGCGCCGCCGCCUGCCCGCGACUGUGGCAUCUUGGAGUUGAUGGGAGCUACAGGGGCACGCUGGGCCAGCCUCCCUCCUAGCCAGUGACGGACGCCCUUGAAGCUCCUGGACAUUGCCCGUCCUUCGUCCUCUGCCCGGUACCACCAGGGAUGAGCCUCCUCCUGAGAGUCUCCUCUGUAGUCCCUUAGAGGAACCGGUUGCUGCUGCCACCCCUCCUCUUCUAUCAGCCUCAGUGACUCUGACCUUAUUUUUACUUUAUGGAUCUUUCCCAGAUGUGAAGGUUCCUCCCGGGCACUACUGAAGCCAGACCGAUAACCUAGUGGCUUGGGGACCCUGGUUCACUCCAGCGCCGGACCUUGCCUGAAGAAAGCCUGCCCCUCUUCCUAUAGCUUUUCAGGGCCAAGGCUGCCAGGUGUUUGGCACGUGAACGCUGGUCCUCCCUGCUCUGCUCGUUUCCUCUGGCCUCUAGGAAGCACACACAGCUCCACGAUGGCAGCAGAGACGCUCAACUUUGGGCCUGAGUGGCUCAGGGCCCUUUCCAGUGGUGGCAGUGUGGCCUCCCCACCCCCCUCCCCUGCCAUACCCAAAUACAAGCUGGCUGACUACCGCUAUGGGCGUGAGGAGAUGCUGGCUCUCUAUGUCAAGGAGAACAAGGUCCCUGAAGAGCUACAGGACAAGGAGUUUGCUGCGGUGCUGCAGGAAGAGCCACUGCAGCCCCUGGCCCUGGAGCCCCUGACCGAGGAGGAGCAGAGAAACUUCUCCCUGUCAGUGAACAGUGUGGCUGUGCUGAGGCUGAUGGGGAAAGGGGCUGGCCCCCCCCCGGCUGGCACCUCCCGUGGCAGGGGCAGCACACGGAGCCGAGGCCGAGGCCGUGGCGACAGUUGCUUUUACCAAAGAAGCAUCGAAGAAGGUGAUGGGGCCUUUGGACGGAACCCCCGGGAGAUCCAGCGCAGCCAGAGCUGGGAUGACAGAGGCGAAAGGCGGUUUGACAAGUCAGCAAGGAGGGAUGGAGCACGAUCCGGGUUUGAGGAGGGAGGGGCUGGCCCAAGGAAGGAGCACGCCCGCUCAGAUAGUGAGAACUGGCGUUCUCUGCGGGAGGAACAAGAGGAAGAGGAGGAGGGCAGCUGGAGACUCGGGGCGGGACCCCGGCGAGAAGGAGACCGCUGGCGCUCAGCCAGCCCUGAUGGCGGCCCCCGCUCUGCUGGGUGGCGGGAACAUGGGGACCGGCGUCGCAAGUUUGAAUUUGAUUUGCGAGGGGAUCGAGGAGGGUGUGGUGAAGAAGAUGGGCGGGGUGGGGGAGGCAGCUCUCACCUCCGGAGGUGCCGAGGGCCUGACGGCUUUGACGAUGACAAGGAUGGGCUCCCGGAAUGGUGCCUGGAUGAUGAGGAUGAAGAAAUGGGCACCUUCGAUGCCUCUGGGGCCUUCUUGCCUCUCAAGAAGGGUCCCAAGGAACCCAUUCCUGAGGAGCAGGAGCUCGACUUCCAGGGUCUAGAGGAGGAAGAGGAGGAGCCUUCCGAAGGGGUGGAUGAGGAGGGGCCUGAGGCAGGUGGGAAGGAGCUGACCCCACUGCCUCCUCAGGAGGAGAAGUCCAGCUCUCCGUCCCCACUGCCCGCCUUGGGCCCACUCUGGGGGCCAAAUGGGGAUGGUGAUGAAACUGUGGAGAAGGAGCUCCCAGCAGCUGAAGGUAGACAGAGAGAUGAGAUGAGGGGGAUCCAGCUGAGUCCUGGAGUGGCCUCCCCCACUGGCCCACCUGGUGACCUGGAAGAUGAUGAAGGCUUGAAGCACCUGCAGCAGGAGGCAGAGAAGCUGGUGGCCUCCCUGCAGGACAGCUCUCUGGAGGAGGAGCAGUUCACAGCCGCCAUGCAGACCCAGGGCCUGCGCCACUCUGCUGUCGCCACUGCCCUCCCCCUCAGCCAUGGCGCUGCUCGGAAGUGGUUCUACAAGGACCCGCAGGGGGAGAUCCAAGGCCCCUUCACGACACAGGAGAUGGCUGAGUGGUUCCAGGCUGGCUAUUUCUCCAUGUCACUGCUUGUGAAGCGGGGCUGUGAUGAGGGCUUCCAGCCUUUGGGUGAGGUGAUCAAGAUGUGGGGUCGUGUGCCCUUUGCCCCAGGGCCCUCACCACCCCCACUGCUGGGAAACAUGGACCAGGAGCGGUUGAAGAAGCAACAGGAGCUAGCAGCAGCGGCCUUGUACCAGCAGCUGCAGCACCAGCAGUUUCUUCAGCUGGUCAGCAGCCGCCAGCUCCCCCAGUGUGCACUCCGGGAAAAGGCAGCUAUGGGGGACCUGUCGCCGCCGCAGCAGCAGCAGCUCACAGCAUUUCUGCAGCAGCUCCAGGCUCUCAAACCCCCCAGAGGUGGGGACCAGAACCUGCUCCCGACGAUGAGCCGGUCCUUGUCGGUGCCAGAUUCAGGCCCCCUCUGGGACGUACAUACCUCAGCCUCAUCACAGUCAGGUGGUGAGGCCAGUCUUUGGGACAUACCAAUUAACUCUUCGACUCAGGGUCCAAUUCUAGAACAACUCCAGCUGCAACAUAAAUUCCAAGAGCGCAGAGAAGUGGAGCUCAGGGCGAAGCGGGAAGAGGAGGAACGGAAGCGCCGCGAGGAGAAGCGCCGCCAGCAGCAGCAGGAGGAGCAGAAGCGGCGACAGGAGGAGGAGGAACUGUUUCGGCGUAAGCAGGUGCGACAGCAAGAGCUGCUGCUGAAGCUGCUGCAGCAGCAGCAGGCGGCCUCGGUCCCUGUGCCUCCUGCGCCCAGCUCCCCUCCCCCACUCUGGGCUGGCCUGGCCAAGCAGGGCCUCUCCAUGAAGACGCUGCUCGAGCUGCAGCUGGAGGGCGAGCGGCAGCUGCACAAGCAGCCCCCAACUCGGGAGCCAGCUCGGACCCAGGUGCCCAACCACCGCGUGCAGCUUGGGAGCCUGGGCACUGCCCCACUGAACCAGUGGGUAUCUGAGGCAGGGCCGCUGUGGGGCGGGCCCGACAAGAGUGGGGGCAGCAGCAGCAGCCUGGGGCUCUGGGAAGACACCCCUAAGAGUGGCGGGAGCCUGGUCCGUGGCCUUGGCCUGAAGAAUAGCCGGAGCAGCCCGUCUCUCAGGUGGGUGCAGGGCCCUGAGGCUCUGGGGCGGCUAGGGGUGGAAGGAGGUAGAACACCUGAGCUGGCCUCUAAGUUGCUCGCCCCCCUCAGCGACUCUUACAGCCACCUAGCAGGUCGGCCUGUUCGCAAAAAGACUGAGGAAGAAGAGAAGCUGCUGAAGCUGCUGCAGGGCAUCCCCCGGCCCCAGGACGGCUUCACCCAGUGGUGCGAGCAGAUGCUGCACACGCUGAGCACCACGGGCAGCCUGGACGUGCCCAUGGCUGUAGCCAUCCUCAAGGAGGUGGAAUCCCCCUAUGACGUCCAUGAUUAUAUCCGUUCCUGCCUGGGGGACACGCUGGAAGCCAAAGAAUUUGCCAAACAAUUCCUGGAGCGAAGGGCCAAGCAGAAAGCCAGCCAGCAACGGCAGCAGCAGCAGGAGGCGUGGCUGAGCGGCGCCUCCCUGCAGACGGCCUUCCAGGCCAACCACAGCACCAAACUCGGCCCUGGGGAGGGCAGCAAGGCCAAGAGGCGGGCGCUGAUGCUGCACUCGGACCCCAGCAUCCUGGGGUACUCCCUGCAUGGAUCUUCUGGUGAGAUCGAGAGCGUGGAUGACUACUGACCAGCCCGUCCCCAGCCCCUGGGCUGUAGGCCAGGGGUGGCAGCAGUGGCGUGGACCCUCGGGUCCCCAGCCUGCAGGCUCCCCACAGGGAGCCGAGGAGGAAGCAGGGGCAGCGGCCCCAGCACUUGUUACAAACCACACGAUGCACCUUAACUCACCCACCACGAGGCACUUUACAGAUUGGGGGGAAUGGGUUGUGUUUUUUUUUUGUUUUGUUUUGUUUUUUAAUUUUAAGCAACUUUGAAGAAAAUGUUAGGAGAGACAGAAGCUAUUGUUUAAAAACUAGACUCUAAACACCCCUUACCCUUCUGGGGAUUGGGAGGGGGUGACAAUGGAAGGUCCACAGAGGUGUUUUUUUUUGGAUUUUUUUUGUUUUUUUAAGAAAAAAGUUGAAAAAUAAUGAAAAAAAAAUGGUUAGGAGGUUGAAAGAAAAACACACUGUUAUUUUGGGGCAAGUGGGAACACAGGCCCCAUGGACCUGUCCUGCCUGGGCCCGAGGCUGCACUUACCUCCUGCUCCUGGAAGGUGGGCUGUGAGGUAACUGGAAGCUGGGGCGCCAGCAGUUUGCACAGCGAGACCCUGCAGACCCCCGUCCACCGGCCCAGCUGUGACCAGCUCUGUGUUGCUGUGACUAUGGCAGAUGUGUCUGGGGUAGGGGCCAAAGUAAAGUAGCCCCUUGGCUUUGCUGCUUUGGGGGAAAGUUGCACAAAUUGGACGAGCCGCCUCAGCCUCCCAGGCUACCUUCCUGCACUGGCCUAUGGGUAGAUGGGAAGGGCCGGGUCAGUGCCAACCUCAUUUGGCUAGUGGGGCGGGGCGGCUGGACUUGGACUCUGGCCCUGGCGAGGGGCUUCCCCCACCGCUGCCAUUUUGGGGGAUGCCUAGGUGUGAACCUGAAAGCCCCAGCUCUCUGCCUUGCCACAUGAAUGUAUUCUCUGGGCCACAGGCCCCUGCCUCACCCCUGCAAGAGGUAGGGGUGGGAUGGAUUCCUCCAGGAGCUGCAGAGGGAGGAAGCGCCACUUACUGGACUGAGUCGUUUCUCCUGUGACUGGGGCAGGAAGAGGGGCCUUGAAGGGCAAGAAGUGGGCAUCUUCGGGCUUAGGGUUGCAAUGUGGGGGUCUGCUGCCAGGGCACCCCCAACCUGCAGCCUGCUGUGGGGUGUGGACCACCCAGCUCUGCACCUGACCCUGCCGCUGACCAAAUGGGAGUGGAGCGAGUGGCCUUCCCUGUCGGUGCGUUCUUCGGUGCUGGGUGACGUUGGGGUCAGGAAUGGAGCGUGUGUGUCUCGGUCGGGGUAGUAGGCUGCCCCUUCUCUUGCUCACUGAUUUCUUAGUCCUAAUCUCCACCUGGAUUUGUCUCCAUCUGUUUUUUUGUUUUUUAGUAGUUUAUCUUCUGGGUUUCUCAUCUGACGCUUCCCACCGACCUCAUUGCUCAGAGUGCAGUAUUAGGGCGAGACUCUCCCACUGCCUCCCUCCAUGAAUGUAUUUAUCCUUCUAGCCCUGGGGAACUGGGGAGGGGCUGUCUCUUUCCCCAUCUGUCCCCAGAGGGAUGACUUUGUGUUUUUUUUUUGUUUGUUUUUUUUUUUGCACCAAAGUGGCAACUGGGUCAGUGUUGGGGAAUCAAGCUGGCCACAGGGUGGAAGGGCCCCUCCACCUGCUUCUCCCUGGUCUUGACAGUGUUAGCAUCCGUGAAAAGACAAUAUUCUCUCUAAAGCAAUAAGGGGGUAAUGGGCCAGGGAGUGUCUUGAUGCUGCUGGCCCCCAGCUCCCCCUUCCCUCUCGCCAGUGUUGGCGCAUCUGCAUCUGUGUUGGCGCAUCCAAGGUGUAGGGGAGACUCCUGUUGUGACUGAAUGUAACUGCCCCUGCCCCUGCCCCUGCGCAGCCAAUGCAGGGGAGGGGGGGACACUUCCUGUCUCUUCCUGCCCCUUCCCCCAGCUAAAGAGACUUUGAACUUAGGGGGCCCAUGAGCCUGGAGAGGCCUUAACCCUGUGAGGAAGUGUAGGGGGAGCCCUCUCCCACCCCCAUCCCCUUCUGAGAGUGGUCAAUGUUUACAAGCCCCUGAGCCCUCUGCCCAGGGACUCAGACCUGUUGCUGUCCUUCCCCAGCCCGUCUUCCUGGGCCCUAGCUGUCCCCUGCCCUUCCUGGGGUUGGGGUUGGUGCAGGGGCCAUUCUGUGUUCCCUUGUCUGCCUUGUACCCACAAUCUUCCUCACCCUGUGUGACUUCCCUUUCUUUUACCUAUCCCUGUAAAUACUCCCCUCUCCCAAUAAAACUUGUGUGUGUUCUCCC